UUGGGUGGGUGGAGGGGGGAUUAGGAGAUAGGCAAAGAUGUGCUUUAGAGUGGGAAAGAGAAGAGGUGAAGAAGAGUUUUCUGAGCAGGGGCUAAGAGGUCAGUCGGGCAAAACUCCCCCCACUUCAGAGCCAACUGCAGGUGCAGGUUUUCACUUGUACUUCUGAAUGACCAGCUGUAGAUCAGAGAUUCCCACAACCACCUCCUUAGGCUUGAUUAAUUUGCUAGAGCAGCUCACAGAACUCGGAGAAACCUCCUUCCUAGAUUAUCAGUUGAUUAUAAAAGGAUCUAAUUCAGGAACGGGUCCAGUGUUUCCACGGUCUCUGAGCAUGACACUCUCCCCAGUAUACCACCGUGUUCACCAGCCCCCAAGCUCUGAACCUGCCCUUUUGGAUUUUAUGGAGGCUUCAUUAUAUAGGCAUGGUUAAAUCAUUAACCAUUCGUGAUUGGGCUCAGUCUCCAGCCCCUUUAUUCUCCUUGGGGUGGGGGACAAAAAUUCACACCCUCUAAUCACUUAGUUCUUCUGUUGACCAGCCCCCAUCUUUUAGUGAGCUGGGGGCAUUCCAAAAGUCACCUCAUUAACAUACUAAAAGACACCUUUAUAAUUUGCUCCCUAGAAAAUUCCAAUCACAGAAUCCAAUUCUGUGAUUGGAAUGGGGACAAAGGCCAAAUUUUUAUUUCUUAGUGUAAAUCACAAUCUCAUGGCCACAUUCUGGGAAAGACUCAUUAGUAGACUUUAGGAAUAAAGCUUCAAGACUUGACUGCCAUCCUAAGGAGCAUGGACUUUAUCCCAUAGCAGUUGGAGCUGGAAAGGCCUCUGAAUAUAGCGUUGGCAUGGAGACAGUGAAACUUAAUUUGGCAGUAUUACAUAGGAUAUUUAUUUGGGAAUGAUGAAGAAACAGGAGGCAAGGAGACCAGGCAGUUUGGUUCUCUGUCCUCUUGGCAAACAUAAAUAUAUACACUUCACAUAUCUCCCACGCUGCUACCACUGUGGGGUUCCUUAUGUCGUUGGGUUUUUGUCUUGCUCAUUUUUGUUUCUUCCAAAUAUAGCCUAUAGUUCUUGGCUCGCUAACUGUUUAUUAAUUGUGGGAAGUUCAGAGAAAGUUGAUAACCUCUGGUCUAAUCCAGAGUAUGAAGACACUUCAAGAAUGCUAACUAGCCCCCCUUCAAUCUCUGCCUCUGAGUUGUUUUUUCCUUCUUACUAUCAGAUCAUUUACUGAGCACCUACUGGGUGUGAGUACUAUGCUACCCACUGGAGAUUCAGUGGUAAACGGGACAUGGCCUCUCUCCAGAAGUGGCUCAGAGCCUGUGGGGAACAGGUUGACCCAUGUUGGUAAGAGCAGUGGUGGAGAUGUGUACGGAACAUUUGAAGAACGCAGUGGAAGGCCAGGCCCCUCCAAUGCGGGCAGUAGGAAGAGGGCUUGUUGUCUGGGAGGCUAGCUCCUGACUGGAAUGCUGUAGAGAUAAAUUCAUUCUGCAGGUUCCUUUAGAAAAAUGCUAUUUAAAUGUAAUGUUGGGUGUGGUGUAGAAUUGUGGUUGCCUCACCUGAAUGCCUACUGGCUGAGCAGUUUAGCUCAUGGCAAAUUGUCCUUCUGAGGUAGUUUUUCAAGUUUCAGUAGUACAGUUGGAUCCACAUAGAGAAAGAUUCACUUCCACAGUGGACUUUCCCUGUCUGGGCUUACAGAUGUGUACUGCUCAUGACAGCAGAGUCUGGAAAAGACCCCAGGCCCCACAGCAUGGCAGGGAAGAGCCUGAGAAUACGCCAACCCAGGUGGGUCACUAAAGUGACGGCCUCAUGUAAUUCAGAGAUUAGAAGAGUGGCCCCAGUAAGUACCUUUUUACAGAGAGUCAGAUUCACUUGAACUUUCUAUAAAAGAUUGUAGUGGAAAUCCCAAGGGAUUUGAGAUAACUUAUUUUGUAAAAUUAUAAAUGAGCAAAAUGUUGAUUUUUUUUUUUUUUUGGUAUUGUUUAUCAAAUCAAGUUGAUUUGGUUUAAAACACACACAAAAUUCACCAGGAUAUGAAAAGCUAAAGAGAUUGUAUUUACUUAAAAAAAUUUAAGUAAAAAUUUUUUUUAAAAGACUAUUUACUAAUUGACCUAUUUAAUGGAAACUGUCUAGGUGGAGUAUUAUUUUCAAGUGGGAUUUUGUAUGCACAGAAUUGAAUUAGCCUGCUAUAACUAGCAUAAUUUGAGAGGUCCUUAAAAAAGUACAAGGCAGGCACGCCUGGCUGGCUCAGUUGGAAGAGUAUGUGACUCUUGCUCUUGGGGUCAUAAGUUUGAGCCCCACGUUGGGUGUACAGAUUACUUAAAUAAAUAAACUUUAAAAAAGUACAGGAGCAGUUUUAUGAAGUUUAAGAAAUGGAAACAAAUUAGUUCUAUUGUAGAAGUUUACAACUAUAUAAGAAAACAAACCCAUAAAAUUUUAUAUUUCUCAGCCUUUGUUUUAUUUUUGUGUAACUGUUGGAAGCUAGCUGUUAACUUUGAAUUAAAAUGAUUUUACCACGUAGCAUCCACCUUCACCCCCCCCCUCACCCGCACCGGCAGCAUUGCAUUCUAGAAAAAAACUGGAGUAAGAAUGAGGAACCUGGGCUUUUCAUUUAAGGCUCUGUCACUAACUAGCUUGUGACUUUGGUUAAGUACUUUACUUGUCUGCGCAUACAAAAUGUAACAUUCUAUUCACAGUAGCUCCUAUUUAUUGAGCACUUACUAUAUGCCAGCAGAAGGGACACUGUCUGAUCCUCACAGCAAUCCUGGAAUUUAUUCCCAUUUUACAGAGGAGGAAGCAAAGAUUCAGAGAGGUGUUGACUUUAAAAUCAAAACUGUAGAGCUAAGAGGAAAGAAAAUCAGAUUACAGAUCUGGGACACAGCAGGUCAGGAGAGAUUCAACAGCAUUACCUCAGCUUAUUACAGAAGUGCCAAGGGGAUCAUACUAGUAUAUGACAUCACUAAGAAGGAGACUUUUGAUGAUUUGCCAAAAUGGAUGAAGAUGAUUGAUAAGUAUGCUUCAGAAGAUGCAGAACUUCUCUUAGUUGGAAAUAAGUUGGACUGUGAAACUGACCGAGAAAUCACCAGGCAGCAAGGUGAAAAGUUCGCACAGCAGAUAACCGGGAUGCGGUUCUGUGAAGCGAGUGCCAAGGACAACUUCAACGUGGACGAGAUAUUUCUGAAGCUUGUUGAUGACAUUCUGAAAAAGAUGCCUCUGGAUAUUUUAAGGAAUGAGUUGUCCAAUAGCAUCCUCUCAUUACAACCGGAACCUGAGAUCCCACCAGAACUGCCUCCACCAAGACCACACGUUCGAUGCUGUUGAUUUGCUACUUUGGAGACAAAGUGGAAAUGAUUCCUGGAAAGGGGAAAAUGUUCUCUUCUGCACUACAAUCAUUUUGACAAUUUCCUUUCGCACUUUGUAAUCCAAGUCAGAGCUAUACACUAACUUGUAAAUAUGCAAAUAUGCAAUCCUGGGUAAGUUUUGGUUAUAAAUUACAUAUUUCCCUCCAAAUUAUUAUAUUUCAUUCAUUAUCCCAGCAUCUAGUGUACAUACACUGGGAAACAUAGUACUUCUAAUAUGAAGAAUGGGAGAAAUGAAAGGUAUAAUGUUUCUUGAAAUAAAUAAUGUAAUUGUCCUCGUUAAUUAUAUUAUGAGGACAGAAGAUAUUCUGAUAAGAAGAAAGUGGUGCUUUGCUUACUGUUUUAAAGAAAAUUUGUAAAACUAAAGACUCUUUGGGAAAAAAAGAUAAAGCUAUCAUAAAGUGCUUUUUCUCUAUUUACAAGACAUUUCCCCCAGCCGUAGCAUCUCUGAAGUAUGGGAGUAUUUUCUGCCACAAAGCAAAGCUCCGUUCAUAGCUGUCUUUGAAGGGUAUUUAUUAAUGUUAUGUCAUGGUAGAGUACUACUAGGUAGAGAGUAGGGGUUUGACUUGGUCCUGAGGCUGCAGAAUCUCUCUCAUGGUUUCCUAAUGGACAUACCCUGUGCUUUUAAGAACUACAAAGAUUCAGUAAAGAAAGAAGUGUUUUUGAAACUAUAUAAGAUUUUAAAACAACGCUGCUGUCCUAAACAAAUCCUGUUUAAAGGAAUUUUAAAGAGAUACAUUUUACUAUAUCAAAGAACAUACAUGUAUUUACCUAAACAUACUAUACCUUUGUAAUGAUAAAACUUCUCCCCUUUAUGGUGAAGCUUAUUCCUAUUAAGCCUAGACUGUGUUCUUUUUUUUUUUUUUUUUUGGUCUGAUAAUGAAUUUGUGAACUCUAUCUUUGGUAUAUCUUUUAUUAAACUGCACUGUUUUGUUUAGUCCAGGUAAAUAAGUAAUUAUGUAUUUGAAUAACGGCGUGUCUUGAGUGUCGUGAUAUGAAAA